UGCAGGUGUCCCAUCACCCCUUUAGUGGGUUUUCUGUUGUAAGAAACAAGACAGGGAUAGCAGUGGGAAUUUGCAGGAAGGUUACACGUGCAAAAUGUAGGGACCUGCAAAAUUCUGUGUUUGAGGUGGGGCAAUUUUCAUAAUGUCUGGCAGUUCCCAAGUUGCAAAACUAGCCGCUGAAGAGAGGAGGCAGCGUGUUCUAGGUUCCCUUCCCCCAUCAAAGCAGAUGAGGAAAUGGCUCAGCAGAGGACAGCGAUGGCAGACUCUGAGCCUUCUCUGGAACUGGAUAAUGAGGAAACCCCUUUGGAGCUCAGUGCUGGGGAUGCAGGAACAUUCCUGGAACUCGAUGGAGGAGACUCCUCUGGGAUGCUGUAUGUGGACCCUGUCUAUGCACCAUUCUCACAAGAUACAGGAAUGACAGGUCUCCCCGCAGAACUGCAGGAAGCCAUGGCAGACCAGGAAUCCUAUGCUGGGGAUGCAGGAGCAUUCUUGGAGCUUGAGGGAGGAGACCCCUCGGGGAUGCACUACAUGGACCCCACCAAUGUGCCAUUCUUGCAAGGCAUGGGCGUGACGGGCUCCCCAGCGGAGCUGCAGGAAGCUGUGGCGGACCAGGAAUUGUAUACCGCAGAGCCCGAACCGACAAGCAUGGAGGAUCUUGGAGAACGUUUUCAGAGAUGCAUUGAAGCAGUAGAACAGCUAGAAAGGGAGAGGGACCGGCUCAUUCAGCAGCUUAUGUUCCUGCGGGAACCAGCUCUUGAGGAAAUCAAGCAAGCCCACGAAGAGAUCCUUGAAGCCUACCGACUGCACGCCAGAGUCGAGCUCGAAAGGAGCAGCCUCAGGGAGGAGAUCCGGCAGAUGAAGCGGAAGCUGUUCAAGGUGACGCGGGAGUGCGUGGCCUGCCAGUACCAGCUGGAAGCCAGGCGGCAUGAUGUGGCUCAGUGCGCAGUCUACCAGGAAGAACUGGAAAGCAGGGUCAUCCAGCUGUCAGAGGAACUGUCCCAGUUGAGGGAGAACUGCGAGAGGGAGAAGGAACAGUUCAGGCAGCGGUUGGAGGCUCCCAGGCACCGGUGGGACAGAUGCUACCUCCAGGAAAGCCGGCGGCUCUCCAUGGAGUUUGAGAGCUUUUUGUCAGAGAGCCGCCAGGGCUUGGAAGAACAGUAUGAGCCCAAGUUGAUGCGCCUCUUGGAAAGGAGAGAAGCCAGCAGUAAGACUUUGCGAAAAACACAGGGUGAGAUUCACAGGCUAAAGGAAGCCCUGAGGCCGCUGCAGGGAGAAGUCAGCAAGCUACAGCUGCAGAACAGGAAUUUAGAGGAACAGAUCUUGCUCAUUAAGCAAAAGCGGGAUGAAGAUGUUCUCCAGUACAAGGAACAGGUAGAAGAAAUGGAAGAAAGGCUAAGGGAACUGAAGAAAGAAGUAAAGCUUCAGCAGCGAAAAAAUCAAGAAUUGGAAGAACUGAAAGCCAGCUUACAUCAGGAGUUAGCCAUUUACAAAGAUUGCUUAGAAAUCUAUGGACAACUCUGCAAGUCAGAAGCGAAACAAGAUCACGAUUGAACCAUGGAUGCCUAUCUUAGGAAAGCAGUCUCCUUUCUGGAAAUGGCAGAACUGCUCUUUGCAGCUGGCUACAAUGUAGUUGCCAAUGGUCAGCCUGUUGAGUGUCACAUUAUGUUAAAUGCAGUUGCAGAAUGAUCUUCUGAAAUCUGGUACUUAUACUGGACAGCUGUCAUGUGAAUGGAGCAGACAAACAUGUUAUGGACAAUGCUGUAAGAAGAUUGUAUACAACAUUUGUCAGUGUUGCUUUAAUGCUGUUCUUCUGUAUAAAACCUGAAAACAGGA